AUGACUUUAUCUGACUUUGCCACAUGGCUCUUAGCUAUUGGUGAUGGGCAUAUAGGUGUGCCUGAUAAGGAUGACCCACGAGACUCAAGCUGGAUAGAAAUCUCAUCUUCACUCCUAAUAUCACCUUCCCCUAAUUCAUUACAGACCUUAAUAGAUUUCGUGUAUGGGGAUGAUACACUUAAUCAGUCGACUGCGUCACAACUUUUAGCAAGAGCAAUAGUUUGUCCCACAAACGAGUCAGCGGACGAGAUAAACUGUCAAGCUCUCAAAAUGGUCGCAACAGCUGCCAGGGUAUACAAUAGUACUGACACCAUGCAGCCCAUUGGAAAACACACAUCAGAUUUUGAAGACCUCUAUCCAAUCGAAUAUCUAAACCAACUAACUUUUCCAGGAAUACCACCCCAUGAGCUUCUACUUAAGGUGGACUGUCCAAUAAUUCUUUUAAGAAACAUAAAUCAGAAGGAAGGUUUAUGCAACGGUACCAGGUUGAUUGUUUCACAAUUGUUACCAACCGUUAUUGAAGCAACGAUCAUCACGGGCACCUUGAUCGGAAAACGUGUGUAUAUACCACGCAUAAAGUUCAUACACAAGUCAUUAGAUUUACCAUUCGUAUUCUCACGCAAACAGUUUCCAGUUAAAGUUUGUUACGCAAUGACUAUCAAUAAGAGUCAAGGUCAAUCGCUACGUAAGAUUGGAAUCUAUUUGUCACAACCCGUUUUUGCGCAUGGACAACUUUACGUAGCCCUCUCCCAAGCAACAUCACCGGAUUCGAUAAGAAUACUGCUAAACAACACUGAUACAUGUAAAAACAACGAAACAAAAAAUGUCGUUUACAGAGAUUUACUACAAAAAGUUACUUCAACUGAGAUUACAGAAUGCAAACAACAAAUGACGACAAUUUCCGAGCUCAAAGCUGAGGGUAUUGGAGGCCCCUUACAGGUUAGAAUACUACACAAAUGGAAACACGAUAUCCGACAAUACGAAACCUGCUGUCCUAAAUUAGACAAGUAUCAAAAGGUUCUAGAAAACGAUUUCUAUAUUGAUGUUGGUCUGAAGUCCACCAUACAACGAAUUCCAGACACAAUCACAAUUCCAAAAAACCUGGUUUCAAUUCGUAUCAAAGUCAAAGCUGAUUGA